UCACGCCCGGCGGUGUCAACUCGCGCGCUGAUUGGCUGGCGCGAGUCACGUGACCCUCCCAUCAUGGCGGCGUCCAUUAGAAGGUUUCGUCUGCUGCUUCCCCGACAGGCUGCUGCCCUCAGGUCCUCACGCCCCCUGCAUCGCCCUGCCCCGCCCCAGCAUGCAGGCCCAGCUGCCGCCGCCCCAGAGCAGGAGAUGGAUGUGUUCCUUAAGGACAGGAGGCUGGACUUUGACUCAGAGUCCCUGGCAGCGCGAGGGUACCUGAGGAGUCAGAAGCCCUACACCCCACCAAAGGAUGCAGCCAAGCAGGUACUGAGCAUCUGCAAGCAGGUAUUGGGAAGCCAGGCACCCCACAUCACCUUCCCCUCUGCCCAGGACAAGUGGAAGGUGCUGCUGAAGUGUUCCCAGACCCUCGGACACACACUGCCCAACUCCCUCAUGCACCGUGUCACUAGUGUGGAGGAGCUGGUGACGUUCUAUACCACACCAGUCAUCACCACCGUGCCUCUGGACAUGAUGAAGGAAAUCGACUUGCCCAAGAAUCUCCAUGUCACCUACAACUACACCAGAUUCCACCCAGAGACAGACACCAAGUUUGGAGGUGUGUCAGUCUUCACCAAUGACUCUACUAUUGUCAUGGGCCUCAAGAACAAGAAGCGUUACCCAGGCUACGAGGCAAAGACUCAGUGGCCGUUCAAGUAAAGGGCAUCAGCUGGAGGCCGGGAUUCUUUUGGCACAAGACACAGCAGGAUGUUACAAAAUCAGUGCUUGAAAAUUUACUUGAAAUGACUUGCAAUAUUUGGUUACACCAUUGUACAAGUCAGCAUGGUGCUGCAGUGCCACUUCCCUUGUGUAGGUAACAAGUAGUUGAACACUUGUGUGACAAAAGGACUUCAGACAUCUUCCCUUGAUUACUGUGGAGUCUAGCACAGUGUUGGUUUGUUUUUCAUGGUGACAGCUUAUGAACCAGAUGGUAUUGCAGUGGCAUUGUUGGUGGCAUCUCUUCAUGUACAUAUUUUUUAUAUUGUUAGUGUGUUAAAAUUAAAUAAAAAUAACUAUUUUAUAUCA